UUUCGUUUCUACUAAACUUGAGUUGUUGUUCAGUAGCAAAUCGUCAGCCGCAUUGUAACGUAACAUGUGUCCGACCACAUGUAAACCGUUAAUGUCAUCAACUCUGCGGAGUAACAAAUACUGAUUCUGAAUGUCACUUACAGCCUAAAUGAUUGGUGGCUCCAUAAAUAGCUACAGUUCGUGUUAAUGAGUGUGUAAGUUUAUUAGUGUUGGGAUUGACAUCACUGCUGGUGAUGUAAACCGAAUAAUAGGUAGGGAUUAGACGUUUUUACAUAGAAAACUAUUGUAUCUAAUAAAUAAAUCCGUUGUUGCUUCGAAACGCGAGUAAAUAAAUUGAUUAUUGAUGUGAUAGACUUACAAAUUUUGUGUUAUUUGUGUGGAGUAUUGUGCCAUUAUGGUGACGAACAGUUGUUAUAGUUCCAAUGGAUUGAAAUGUCUGGCUGACACUUUGCUGGGAUCCAAUCCGACUCCACAGAACAAUGUUCCGGAAAAUCGAGCAGUGCAGGUGCGGCCUAUGAAGAUAUCUCGGUCGGAGGGACAGAGAGGGUCGAUGUCCUCUUGGUCGACGAGCACCGGCCGCAGAACUCUUGACGCCCCCGAUAACGGACUCGCUGUCGUCAACUACGACCUUCCCUGGGCCAACUACAACCCUAACCGGAAAAUGUCGACCUCCGGUGAAGGACUGAAUUCUCCCAGCUACUUGUCAUGGAGAAAGCUCCAAUUGAGUCGUGCCAAGCUCAAAGCUUCUAGUAAGACUUCAGCUUUGUUGUCAGGAUUUGCAAUGGUGGCAAUGGUUGAAGUGCAGCUACAGGAGAAGACAAAAGUGCCGCAGGAGAUGCUGAUCGCAUUCGCCGUCUGCACGACUCUGCUCGUCGCAGUGCACAUGUUGGCUCUCAUGAUCAGCACCUGCAUACUUCCCAACAUAGACGCCGUCUGCAAUCUGCAUUCCAUCUCGCUUGUGCACGAAUCCCCACACGAACGCCUGCACUGGUACAUAGAGACCGCCUGGGCGUUCUCCACGCUACUCGGCCUCGUUCUCUUCCUACUAGAGAUCGCCAUUCUCUGCUGGGUCAAGUUCUACGAUUUCUCGCAGUACGCCGCCUGGUCAGCCUGUAUACUAUUGAUACCAGUUCUAGUGAUAUUUCUGGCGUUCGCUGUACAUUUCUAUCGGUCGCUGGUCACGCACAAGUAUGAGGUAACCGUUUCUGGUAUCAGGGAACUGGAACUGUUGAAAGAACAGAUAGAGGCCGGUGACAUGGAACGGUCCGGCAACGGUAUGACCCUACUCAAUCAGGGCAACAGCAUGCAGAUUGUUUGACAAUUGUUUGGUUUAUAUCCGCUGUAAAUCCAUUGUUUAUAUCCCUGUAGACUGUCCAUUCAUUUUUUUCCCAAAUAUGAAUAUUUUUAAUGAAACGAUAGAAACACUGAAGUGUAUACUGAGGAAGAUAUAUACUAUGGUCCAAUUUUACCAAAAACAAAAACUAAGUAGAAGCGGCAGAGUUUUUGUUGGUUUAGAAUGAACUGUCGCGCAAACCAAGUUUUUGUUCUGGAGAGAUCGGUUUCAAGUCAAUUUAUUAUUUUCCAAUAUAAAUAUUAACUGAAAUGAUACACUGAAGUGGAUCUUAAGAAAGAUUUACAAAGUUUAGUCCAUCUCUAUCUGACUCAGGGAGUCGAAAUGAAAAUUACCCAUUUCAGAUCAAUCUUGUUUAUUAUUUGUAUUUGUAGAUGAUACGAAAUAAUUUGUAUCUAAAUAAGAUGAAAUAUAUCAUACUUCAAAAGUUUUCCAAUUAUUUUAUCAAGUAUUCUUAUAAGAAUCAUUCACGAAAUAAUAUAUAGUAUAUAAAUGAGUAUCGGAAUUGAACUCAUUUUUUGUUCAAUUAAGUGAUGUCUUCGAUAAACGGGACAAAAAUGUGCCAAUUUUUCAACAUAAUUUGACUGUUUAGUGUAUAUUUGUUUAUAUUAUGUAACUCUUGAAAUGAUUUCAAGAAUCAUCUCUACCUAAACCACUCCUAUCUACUUAUAUAACAUGCACUAUUUAAUCCGAUAUUUUUGAACCUUUUGAAGCUAGAACUAACUUUUCUGUUCUCUUGAAGUUACUAGAGUGUUACUUAUAUGCGUUAUAUCAAUUGCUAUUUUUGCAUGUACUUGUUGUAGAUAUAAUAAAUAUUGAUCAUCCUGCAAAUGUUUAAAUUUUUGUGUUAGUAUCAUAUUCGAUUUUCCAUUAUUAUAUAAAUAUAUUCUAUGAUUAUGACUUAGAAAGCUUGUAAUCUUCUAGAUGAAUCAUAAUCGCUGACAUUCUAAAAUAAUUGUAAUUCGAAUCAUAAUAUUUGAUCUGAGUGUUUUUAGAUGGGUUUGUUAAUGCUUCUUAUGUUCUUGUAAAGUAGUUUAGAAUAUCUAUGGUUUAUUUAAUUAUUAGUUGUCAGUAAUUGAAAAGAAGAAAUUCAAAGAAAUAGAAUAGAUUUUGGACAUCAAAAUUAAUUAUAUAAUUUAUGAAAUGUUGAAAAAUAAUUGACAGAAAUUCAAAUUGAUAUACACUAUAAUUAAUUAUCCAAAAAUAAUAUUUCACUCGAUUCCAAUUUUUGUAUUUUUUCAUCUGAGAACUUUAAACUGAGAACCUUUUUAGCUUUACUCUUUUGAGUAGGCAGGAUUUAGUGCAGCAGCUAGUAUAAAUAGAGCUUAAUAGGUAUCAAUUGUGAACUAGAACAUUUUUAUAUUGAUAGACGUGAUUUGAACUCCUUAUAGCUUAUUGAUCACUUUUUCAUGUUUUAUGUUUUUCGUGAACAUUUUUAAUGUUUUGAAGCCUGGGAAAUAAUUGUCAUUUUUGGACUCAUAUUUUUGUUUUUUGACUUUUGCUAAUCAUCGACGUCUAUUUAAUUUUUCAUUAUUGUUUUAUGUACUCUAUAGUUAUCAUUUUUUGCCUAGCUAGAAACUCAUAUUUAGCAUAUUUUUGUCCUGAAAAUUAGAAAAAUAUUUCCAUUUGAACCUGUCAUCCAAAUCAGGAUAACAUUCAAUCUUACUGGGCAUCUCAUUAAGAAGGUUAAUCUCAUUGAAAACAUUUUUAUAAUCAAUUUAUGUUUUGUAAAUAUCCAUAGAUAUCAUCCAAUAAUAAUCAAUGUAUUGUAAUUUCCCAACAACCUAUAAGGAUUUUGUUGGUUUACUUCGACGAUGAAAAGAAAUGAACAGAUCUGUGAUAUAUAUGUACAUAAAACGCCUUAAUCGGCUCUAUGUAUAUUAUUUAGGAAAGUCAAUGCCUUAUAUUAAUAUUUACAAUAAUGCAUUAACUAAUAAAUAUAGUUAUAAUCUUACUUUACUAUGAAUAAAAUAUUUUCAUCAGUGAAA